UGUCCAAACUUGUUCUGCAGAUCAUUCUACAGCGUAGGCCUACUCUUGAGUGUCCAGAGUCGGAUGUGCUUCACGUCAACAACGACAUCAGGGUGACUGUUUCGAGGACGACACCAGUUAGGCGGCUACCAGUGGCCCAUCGAGUGGACUUAAUUAUUUUCGAUCUUUGCUUUCUAUCGCCAUUGGCCUACUGGAGGAAUCGCUAUCUGGCUUCAAUAGCAUAGCUUACUAUCAUUAACCGACAAUACGAACAGCUUGCUGCGCCCCAACUUAUCACGACACGAUAUCGACAAUUGGUUCUAACAUCGUCAACUUCGCUUCAUCUUCUUUUGGUAUUUGACCAUGAUCUUCUGAUAGGAGCCAAUAAUCCGUAGGCCGUUCCACCAGCUCUCGUUGUUCACAGCAUCCGGAGUCACUUGGGAAAGACGGGUUUGUCUUAAUUAUAACAUGUCGGUCCCUGAACCACCAGUGUCUUUAACAGGCGCUUGCAGCGCUAUUUUCAACAAUACCCUCUAUUCCUUCUCUGCCGGGGGAUUCGAAUCGAUAGCCUUGGAGGACGGAGCCCAAUGGAAAAAACUACCAGAAGGCCACUCGGUUGACGGCGGUGUUUGUGUCGGGUCAACACCAAAAGAUGACGCGGCAGCCGGCUUUUUCGUAGUCGGUGGAAAGUCAGCCAGCUCAUCUGAUUAUACUGGCCUUCAAAAGUAUACAUAUUCUACUGGAAAAUGGGAAACGAUAACUCCGCAGGUAACCGUGGCGCAAGACCGGCAAUAUCACAGUGCAACGUACAUUAAUAGCAGUGAUACGAUUUUGAUGUACUCAGGAUCCACAGAUGGCCAACCGAAUUUAUCAUCUCAGACUUUCGCAAUUAUGGCGUCUGAGCCACACUCGGUGUUGGCUUUCCAGUCCGGUAACUCACCCCCAGCAGUGGCACCGAUCCUUCUCCCAUGGUCAGAGACUCAAGCAGCCAUGAUCGGCGGUAACCCAACUAACACGAAGGUGAUGCUAUUCGAUACAACUAAUGGCUGGGGUGAAUCUGGGGUAACUCUGGCUGAACCACUGCAAAAGAGUACGACGAUAGUAAAGGGCGCUUUAAUAAACGGCAUUGACGGUAGCAAGCAUCUUUACACAUUCGACCUCAGUGCUUCGCCAAAUACCGUCAAUAGAACGAUGCUACUAUUGGCUAAUGGAGCCCCCUUAGUAAACGCUGUACCGGCCACGACAACCGCGCCAGCUAAGAGAGCAGUGGAAGGAAGAAAUAGUCCUGAGAAGCGUGAUCUCACAGCUGACAGCUGGCCGAACUAUAACUCGACUGGCGCACCGCAAAGCACGCGCGAGGGCUAUUCCCUGGCUACCGAUUCAAAUGGCUUAGUGGUUAUAACAGGUGGCAAUGAUGAGGAGCCAUUGGUUAUGUUUAAUGCGAAAGAGAACGGUUGGAAGGACGCAGAAUCUGUAUUCGGCCAACAAGUCUUUUCUAUUCAAUCUGUCCCAUCAUCGACAUCUGGAUUAUCAUCAUCAUCGCCUUCGCCGACGCCGACAUCAACAUCAGCACUAAGUUCUUCUGCCGUCUCAUCAGUUACUAGCACAACCCAGGCCCCUUCUGUCGCCCCCACAGUCGCUUCCAAGGCAUCCGACGACUCCGAUGCUUCAGGCAGUGAUCUACCCCCGACUACUCUUCUCGGCGUAGUAUUGGGGACUAUAUUUGGUUUUGCCAUUCUCUUAAUGUGCCUUCUGUUCUGGAUCAAGCAUAUGCGGAAGCGACAGAACCAUGUCGAGGCUGGACAGGCCCGAAGAGACAGUGGAGUACCUGAUGAGAAGGAUUUGUACAAGCCGGAAAUGGCGAAGACCUCGGCUGGUCACUUCCGUGGACACGCUCAACAGGAAUCGGCAGGUUCUUUCUCCUCUAUGGCUAUUUUGAUGGGCAAGGUUCAAAAACCCGCAGUACAACGCAAAACUAGCAGCGAGUCGAAACGUAGCUCUGUCAGUGAAAUUUUCAACAAACAAUUCAAGAGUAGUAUUGGCCGGCCGCAGCCCCAGGAGCCUGAUGUUCUUGCACAAGAGGAGAAGGGCAUUUCUUUCGCAAGAAACGCGAACGAACCCAAAUCCCAUUCUAGGCUAGAAGUAGCCCAAGAUGGAACAACGAGAAGGAGUUCCGGUUGGAAUCGGUACUGGUCUGGUGGUAGCGCACUUUCUAUCUUCGGGUUCGGAAAUAGCGGUAAUGCCUCACGCCGUGAAACCGGUGCCACGGAGCCAAGCUCCGUAUAUACCAACAAAAAUCGUUUAACUCAGGAUUCGGCUACGGUGCCUGCCUUACGAGUUGAGGGCCGACCAGAAUUGAACCGCGUUCACUCGGCUAGCCCGACAGUCGCACACAACCCCAAAGUAGGAGAAGAAAUGUGGGCUCAGAUUGAGCGACCUGUCUCUGUCGCCUCGUCCUCUGGCUAUUCCAGCGGCAUUCCAGCCAGUGUUCAUGAAGACUGGGACCCGGCGAUGGUAAAAUCGAACCCAGCGCGGGCUGCCAGCAGUGUUUACAGCCAGACCUUUUUCCAAACAGCCUCUGGGCCAGCUCGCAUCAGCAUACCUCCCAUCGAUUUCCAUACACAACCUCCGCCAGGUGUGGGUUCCACCUCAAACGACCUGAGCUGGUUGAAUCUAAAUGAAAACAAGCCAGCUAGUUGAGCAUCAAGAACCCAUUGCCUUUAGUAUUCUAUUCCCUUUUGGCGUUCAUACCCUUAAUGAUCCUGUUACGAGACCAUUCAUGACCUUCGCUUAUACCCAUUCUUACGGAGCGAAAAAAAAAGUUCUGC